CUGCGCGGUGGGCGUGAUCCGGGCACUUAGGGCAGGAUGAACGCUGCUUUCCAAGAUGGCGACGGAGGGAGGAGGGAAGGAGAUGAACGAGAUUAAGACCCAAUUCACCACCCGGGAAGGUCUGUACAAGCUGCUGCCGCACUCGGAGUACAGCCGGCCCAACCGGGUGCCCUUCAACUCGCAGGGAUCCAACCCUGUCCGCGUCUCCUUCGUAAACCUCAACGACCAGUCUGGCAACGGCGACCGCCUCUGCUUCAAUGUGGGCCGGGAGCUCUACUUCUAUAUCUACAAGGGGGUCCGCAAGGCUGCUGACUUGAGUAAACCAAUAGAUAAAAGGAUAUACAAAGGAACACAGCCUACCUGUCAUGACUUCAACCACCUAACAGCCACAGCAGAAAGUGUCUCUCUCCUAGUGGGCUUUUCUGCAGGCCAAGUCCAGCUCAUAGACCCCAUCAAAAAAGAAACUAGCAAGCUGUUUAAUGAGGAAAGACUAAUAGACAAGUCACGCGUAACCUGUGUCAAAUGGGUUCCUGGUUCGGAAAGCCUUUUCCUAGUAGCCCAUUCAAGUGGGAGCAUGUACUUGUAUAAUGUGGAGCACACUUGUGGCACCACGGCCCCCCACUACCAGCUUCUGAAGCAGGGAGAGAGCUUUGCCGUGCACACUUGCAAGAGCAAAUCCACGAGGAACCCUCUCCUUAAGUGGACGGUGGGCGAGGGGGCCCUCAACGAGUUUGCUUUCUCCCCAGAUGGCAAGUUCUUAGCAUGUGUGAGCCAGGACGGGUUUCUGCGUGUGUUCAGCUUUGACUCAGUGGAGCUGCACGGCACAAUGAAGAGCUACUUUGGGGGCUUGCUUUGUGUGUGCUGGAGCCCCGAUGGCAAGUACAUUGUGACAGGGGGGGAGGACGACUUGGUAACAGUCUGGUCCUUUCUAGACUGCCGAGUAAUAGCUAGAGGCCAUGGGCACAAAUCCUGGGUCAGUGUUGUAGCAUUUGACCCCUAUACCACUAGUGUAGAAGAAAGUGACCCUAUGGAAUUUAGUGGCAGUGACGAGGACUUCCAGGACCUUCUUCAUUUUGGCAGAGAUCGAGCAAACAGUACACAGUCCAGGCUGUCCAAACGGAACUCUACAGACAGCCGCCCUGUAAGUGUUACCUAUCGGUUUGGUUCAGUGGGUCAGGAUACACAACUGUGUUUAUGGGACCUUACAGAAGACAUCCUUUUCCCUCACCAACCCCUCUCAAGAGCAAGGACACAUACAAAUGUCAUGAAUGCCACAAGUCCGCCUGCCGGAAGCAAUGGGAACAGUGUCACUACACCUGGGAACUCUGUACCUCCUCCAUUGCCACGGUCCAAUAGCCUUCCACAUUCAGCAGUCUCCAAUGCUGGUAGCAAAAGCAGCGUCAUGGACGGGGCCAUUGCCUCUGGGGUCAGCAAGUUUGCAACUCUGUCGCUGCACGACCGGAAGGAGAGACACCAUGAAAAAGACCAUAAACGAAAUCAUAGUAUGGGACACAUUUCCAGCAAGAGCAGUGACAAAUUGAAUCUAGUUACUAAAGCCAAAACGGACCCUGCUAAAACUCUGGGAACAUCCCUGUGUCCUCGGAUGGAAGAUGUCCCCUUGUUAGAGCCGCUGAUCUGUAAAAAGAUAGCCCAUGAAAGACUGGCUGUCUUGGUUUUUCUUGAAGACUGUAUAGUCACUGCUUGUCAGGAGGGAUUUAUUUGCACAUGGGCAAGGCCUGGUAAAGUGCCAGCAGAGCAGUUCUGCAGGCAGGAGGACAGAGUGCAAGGUAUUCUCCAAGACCAGAACUAAAGGUGCGGCAGCUCCAGAAGAGGGCGCUGGAGGGCGGGCUCCUUCCUCCUCGUGCUCUGCAGACAGAGGUGGUGGGGUAAAAUGGGGUUGUGUCAUGGUGGUUCCUGAGCUCCAAAGAAUGAGGCACAGGACCACCUGCUUCCACAGUAGCCACCCAGAGACAUUUGGGGAGUAUGUUUUUAGUUUUCUCAACAAACUUUGAGCUUCCUCAUCAAAACUCCCGUUUCCCAGUUGAGCAUUUUCAUGAGCAAGAAUGUCUCUGGUAACUAGCCCCUGGAAUAAAACAGCUUUUGUCAAGAAGAGGCUCUUAGAGGCAGAGGUCAAGUCCACGUGGUGUUGUCCAGAGUCCUGCUGGGCCCCAUCGAGGACACCACAGCACAGGUAGAGCCUCUCGUCCGUCCUGCUUGCCCACCACAGGCAGGCAGCCUUUUGGGCCAGCUGCACGGGAGCUAUGGCCAAUCAGCCACACCCAUUCCCACAUUCCUCUUUCUGUGCAUCUGGUGUGAGGAGCUCAGCCAAGGGACUCACCAGCUGCCAGUCAGGCACUGUACUUGGGAGCCACAUACUGGUCCUCCUGUGAGGCCUAGAAGUUGUGCCUUGUUCUAACAGCAGAUGUCCUAGAGAGAAACUGGACUCCUCAUUAACCUGCACAGCGUGAAGAGCUUUUCGUUUGUGUGUUGUUCAGGAGGUCAGGAUGAAGAGAGGAUGCUUCUAGAAAAGCCCAGAGGUGGAGCGAGAAAGAAGCCACAAGUGUCCCAGAGACAUUCUGAAAGUAGGCGUGACAAGGGCUAUAAAACUUCAGUCUCUGUGGAUGUGUACACACAUCCCACCCCAGGUGGUGGCCAGCAGUCCCCUCCCUCCGGUGUUUGUCUUAAAACACCCAAGGUGUAGUUGUCUGACAGCCGUCUCUCCCCAUCCUUCCACACCCUGUGAUACAUUCUGAAUGUUACAAAUUUAACAUACUGCAUCUGUGCUAAAUGAGUGAGUCUGCCUUAGCACAUGCUUGUCCCUCCCUGUGUGCAAGGUCUUCUCUCUGGCGGGAGGGAGGUGUUUCCUUUGUUGAGCAAGCUCAAAGUGUGAGGGUUAACAAGACACUGGGCGUGUAGGGCCAGAAAAGAGUGUUGUGGAAACCCCCAGGGCCACCACCAGUGAUCUGACACUUGAGGGAAAUCUAGAACAGAGCUUAGAGGUGACUUUCCCCGUGGCUGGUGCUGGAAUGCAGGCUAUGCUGUGGGCAGUCGUGGCCGAAGGGUCCGUGGGCCCUUAAGCCACUCAGCUCAGGGCCAGUUGCACACUGAGGCACGUGUGUCCACCGUUGAACCCUAACCCUCACCCACGGAGCCUCCAUGCACUUCUGCGAGGUUUGAUACUGAGUUGAAGGCCUCUGGUUGGAUUUUGGUUUCUAAGGCUGGGGAUGCAUGGACGGGUCACCACACCCACCAGGCCCUGUUUCUGUCCAGAGCAUGCUGUCUGCCUUGGGGCUGCGCCACCACAAAGCUGGCUUAGGUUAACAAGGUGGUGUCCCAGGGAGAGGAGACAUCAGUGUGGCAUUGCCUGCGCUCCUGUGGAAAAAUACUUGUAUUCAACUGUUACCUUGAGACUCAGAUCCCAAGUUCAAUUGUAAGAACACACUCUUCUGAUGGAGCAACUGUCCCAUUGAGGCCGAGUUUUCCAUACGUGCUGCAACUGUUAUGUUACCUUUGUGUCUUGGUUCAAUUCCUGCAUUUUACCUUCUGUGUACUUGGGUUUUAAAGAUUGUUAUUAGGUAACGUUGUGUAAAGUUGUAUGGAUAUUUAUCUUCAGUGAGAGUCAAGGUAAAUGUGUGUUUCCUUUCUUACAUUUUCAUCUGAUCUCUUCACAACUUGAACAAAUUUCAUGAAGAGCCCUCCUGCUGUGAAAUACCAGGAAGCUGAGCUCCUAAUGUUGCAAUAACUAAUGAAGCUUGAAUAUCAGUAUUGUUACUUCUUAAUUCUAAGAACCAUGUUUCUGUCUCAUGGCUUUGUUUUUAGCUGUUCCUUGUCACUGUCACAGCAAAAGAGACUUACCACAUACUUGACAUUCUGGAGGCUGUCCUCUGUAUAUUGACAUUGAAUAAACGUGUGAAUGCAUUGUAAA